UGUGUUAUUGCAGCCUGACAGUGAACGCAGCGUUAAAGUCUGACGCCCGGGCGACUCUCUGUGUUUCUGUCUCAGUCAUGUCAAACAACAGCACCGCCAGCAGUAGUUUAGUCGUCGCCCAGAAGGCAGUGAAGCAGCUUCGCCUGGAGGCCAGUGUCCACAGGAUCAAGGUUUCUCAGGCUGCUGCGGAGCUGAAGGCCUUCUGCUUGCAGAAUGCCCACAAAGAUCCUCUCCUGACUGGUGUGCCCUCCAGUGAUAACCCAUUCAGACCUCCAAAGUCAUGUGUUCUACUCUGAGGACAACGAGGGGGGAAAAAUCAGAUGCCUGAUCACUGUGAUGUGAAUGUCUGUCAUGUGACCCACUGCCAAUGGAGAUAAAGACGUCAGGACUUUGCAAACACAAACAUGGUGUUUCGCUGGGCAGCUACGCAGGGAGUGAAAUUAUUCUUUGGGUUUAAUCUGUAUGUUUCUGUGUAUUUAUCAACUGUUGGUUUAAUGUAUGGCUUUUACAUUAUUCAACUCUUCUGCUUUUAUUUUCUAGAAACUUGUAUGAUUUUUCCAACUUUUUUGUCAUGCUACUAUUGUGUGUUUUUAAUCGAAAGUUUGGGGUUUUCUACAGUACCUGUCAACUUUGUAACCUACUUUAUAAGUAGACCAUCCAAUAGGAUUCUAAUUUCCAAGGUUUUCUAAUUUCCGCAGUUUUCAAUCACAUCCCUUGAUUGAAGUUAUGCUUAAAUGUCUUUGCAAAUUGUACAGUGCCAAAAAGCAUAGUAAUCGUAUGUGUCUAGAUAAUUAAAACACUUUCAAUUUUUUAUUCACCAAAA